AUGUCCGACGGUGAAGAUGACUAUGACAGCGAAUCUGACGGGUACGAUAUCCAUGAUCCACGGACGCGUGAACAUGAGGCAUAUAAGAUCGCUCAGGAAAAUGCAGGAAGGGCGGCGAGAAGGUUUAAGUAUGGAGACGACGUGGACGCCGACGGAAAUGACUAUCAUCCCCGUGAAGAAGACAAUGGUGAUUCAAUGGAGCUGCGCCUUCAGAACGCUCGCGAAGCACGAGGUUGGGCUUUUGAUGAGGCUAGUCGACGAUACGAGUGGAACGCAAGGUGGACAGGCGGUUGUCAUGACGGGGUUGAAGAGGAAGCAGAUAAGCGGAUGGCGGAUGUAGAGAGGUGGAAUGGUGAAAUUGAGAAGCUAGAGAGACACGUUGAUCAAGCUCGCGAUGCUCGUACACAUAACCUGGACAACGAUUCAGAUUCGAGCUCAGAUAAAGAAGAGAGUGCAGACGACAGCAAUGAAGAGUAUGAAAAGAAUGUUCGUGAUGCGCGUGAGGCUCGGGAAAGACGAUAUGACCAUGAUGAUCAUGAAGAGGAGCAGGGAGCGGGAGAAUAUAAUGAUGUUGAUGACGAUUUGGAACUCGACUCCGACUACGAUUCGGAACUCGACUCCCACGAUUGA